AUGUUUAGAAACAAUAUUGUAAAUUUCAGAACAUCCCUAAAGACUCUCACAAGAGUUCAACGUGGAUUUAAAACUACAUGCGUAGCAUCUUUUAAGGAAGGGAGCAAAAUUCCUGAAGGUUAUGUCGGAGUUUAUGAGAAUUCUCCAGGUAAUCCAUUUGACAUCGGAAAGGCUACCUCUAAAGGGAAAUAUAUUGUUGUAGGAUUACCUGCGGCCUUCUCUCCUGCUUGUUCCUCCUCACAUGUUCCUGGCUUUAUAGAACAUUUACCUGAGUUAAAAGCCAAGGGGGUUAAGCAAGUGAUCGUUGCAACGGUAAAUGAUUCAUUUGUAACCAAGGCAUGGGCAGAAUCAUUACAGACUCCAGAAGAUAUACGAAUCAUUGCUGAUACACAAGGUGAUUUCGCCAGAAAAGGUGGCUACCUCUUCGACUCCAAGAAUAUUUUUGGAAACGACCGUUCAAUCAGGUAUGCUCUGAUUGUUGAAGAUGGCAAAGUCAUUAAAGAAUUCUGCGAACCAGAUAAAACAGGUUUAAAGGUGUCGUCAGCAGCUAACGUUCUGAAAUAUUUAUAA